AUGUCUAAUAAACUACAUAUCGCAAGUACCUUAGCAAAAGAUAACCUCUAUUCAGACGUUUCUCCCAAAGAUCUUGAGUGGACUCUAGCCUCAGGCUCGUCAACGGAAACUCAAACUUUCUAUCUGUCAACCAAUGAAGGUCAUUUUGCUUUUGUACAAAUGGUUUACUCUAACAUUGGUGUUUGGUCUUCUACAAUUCAAUUUACUGCUCGAUUUUUUGGUGCCGGUAUUAACACCUUCAAAUCCGUCAAUAUGUCCAAUUUCAAACUUUCUGAAGAUAGAAGGUCAGCAACAGCUGAUAACAUGGAAAUCAAACUAAACGACGACUGCAACAAAUACGAUGUAACCCUAAAUCACAAAUCAGAACUAACCGUCCAGUUCGGACUAGAACGAGUGGACCGCGGCUUCAAAAUCGGCGAAGGAAAAACUUAUUUCGGUGAAGACCAAAAAAGUGGAUUCGUCGAACACAAGUUUUGGCCGAAAUGUAAAGUCACCGGGCACAUUGUGGUGGAUGGUCGCGCGUUUGAUAUCUCGGGUACAGGACUAUUCGUCCACGCGAUUCAAGGCAUGAAACCCCACUUGAUUGCUACCCGUUGGAAUUUUCUUAAUUUUCAAGCACCGGACGCCUCGUUGUGCAUGAUGGAGUUCGAAACGACGCCACAAUACGGUAGUACUAAGGUCAAUCAAGGAAGUUUGCUUGUUAAUGAUAAAUUGGUGGGUGUAUCUGUGGAGAAUUCGGCUGAGUUUUUGGAGACGGAGUUGGAUUCUCAGACCGGUUAUCAUGUUCCGAAUGUGAUACUUUAUAAAUGGAAAGGGAAAACUUUGGACACUAAGGAACCGUUUCAGGCGAGUAUAAAUAUAAGACCUCAGACACUUAUGGAUAAGAUUGAUGUGUUGAAUGAGGUUCCUUAUUUCUUGAGAAAAAUUGUACAAGCAUUUGUUGCAAAACCGUAUAUCUAUCAAUGGUUCAAUGAUGCAACCGUCGAAAUCACCAUCGGAGAUAAUAAAUUUACUUCUACCGGAAAAUUGUUCAACGAAGCAACUUUUAUUUCUUAA